AUGGCGAACGCUACCUUGGAAGAUGUUCCCUCCGUCGAUUUCAUGACCGAGCUACUUCGUCGCCUCAAGUGUUCAUCCAAACCCGACAAGUGUCUUAUUCUCGUUGGCCCACCUGGAUCUGGAAAAGGCACCCAGUCGCCAAUCAUUAAGGAUGAGUACUGCUUAUGCCACUUGGCUACCGGUGAUAUGUUGAGAGCUGCUGUAGUAGCUAAGACCCCUCUUGGUAUUAAGCAAUUAAAAAAACCAUCAUGUCAGAAAGGUUUCAUUCUUGAUGGUUUUCCAAGAACUGUGAUCCAAGCACAGAAGCUUGAUGAGAUGCUGGAAAAACAAGGUACCAAAAUUGACAAAGUGCUCAAUUUUGCGAUUGAUGAUGCAAUCCUUGAGGAGAGGAUUACUGGACGCUGGAUACACCCUCCUAGUGGCAGAACCUACCAUACAAAGUUUGCUCCUCCCAAGGCUCCUGGUGUUGACGAUGUUACUGGUCAACCUCUUAUUCAGCGCAAGGAUGACACUGCAGCUGUUCUUAAGUCAAGACUGGAGGCAUUUCACAAGCAAACUGAACCGGUUAUUGAUUACUAUACAAAGAAGGGCGUUGUUUCUAGUAUCCAUGCUGAAAAACCUCCCAAAGAGGUGAUUGUGGAGGUCGAGAAAUUGCUCUCGCAAUAG